AUGGAAAUUGCUCAAAAUUUUAUGGGAGAACAUGCGACUGGGACCAUGGUCAGGAUCAAUGAAAACGCAAACGUGGUUGGAACCAUCAUUGUGAAUUGCGAAGGGUUCCCAGAGACAACAACACUGGACAGUUUAACGGCGGCCACCUACUCCACGCACAUGAGGAGUCUAUCCAACUACGCGAUGAAUGCGAUUAAGGAAGUGGACGUGCUGGACGACCUGGUGGUGCUAAGGAUGGUCUCCAAGAAGACGGAGGCGGUGGUGGUGCCCGACAACGAGUUCCACAUCAUCGUCGUCAUGAGGAAAUCUUAG